AUGCGCACCGUGACAAGCGAGGCGUCGGUGGGUAUCACCGAGACGUGCACGCCGGGCCCCGGCUUCCGUGCCGCGACGAAGCAGCGCUACUCGGACUUCAUCGUCAACGAGGUGCGGCUGAGUGGCGAGCCGGUCCAUCUCGCAUCGCUCCCAGCUGCCGUCGCCCAGAAGGCGGCCGAGGAGGAGGAGCUGCCGCCGCCGGCCGAAGCAGUGGAGGAGCUCGCCGAGCUGCUGGGCGAGGGCCCCGCCGCGGCGGUGCUGCGGCUGGACACGCACGAGCGCGAUGCAGCACGGGCGCGCGUCGAGGCACGCGCUCGGAAGCGGCAAAAGGGAGGCGGUCGAGGCGGCGGCUCGGCAGGCAGCCACCGGUACCUCGAGUUCACUCUGUACAAGGAGAACCGCGACACGCUGCACGCCAUCCUCCAGCUCGCUCAGUCGCUGCACGUGUCGCAGAACCUCUUCACCUUCGCCGGCACCAAGGACCGACGCGCCGUCACCGCGCAGCGCGUCUCCGCCUUUCGGCUGCCCGCGUCAAAGAUCGAGCAGCUCAUGGCGCGAAAGCCGUUUGGUGACUCGCUCGUCGCCAGCGACUGCACCAACGUGCAGGCGGCAUUGGAGGGCCUGCGGACACACGGCUUCCCAAACUACUUUGGGCUGCAGCGCUUCGGCGCCAACGUCGACGCUGCCACACAUGAGGUGGGCGCCGCUCUGCUACGCGCCGACUACCCCCAGGCGCUGCGGCAGCUCGACGAGGGAGACGCCGUCGCCGCGCUGCGCUUGCUGCCGCGGCGGCCGAGCGUAGCGCGGCAGCUUCUCGAAGGCUUGCGGGACAGCGGCUCGUCCAACGUGCUCGCGGCGCUCUCUCGGCUGCCGAAGAAUCUGCGCUCGAUGUAUUUGCACGCGCUGCAGAGCUGGGUGUGGAACCACGCCGCGUCGGAGCGCUUGCGCCGCUACGGCUGCGAGGCGGCGCCGCACGUCGUGACUGCGGAGGAGGCGGCCGCACGCACCUACUCCAUCGAGGAUGUGGUCUUGCCGCUGCCGGGGACCAAGGUGGUGAUGCCGCAAAAUGAGCUCGCCGAAGUGUACACCGAGCUGCUCGCCCGCCAGCGGCUCGAGCCCGCCUCCUUCCACCACAAGGUCAAGGAGAUGGUGAUGCCGGGCGCGUACCGGCGGCUGGUCCAGCGGCCGCGUGACCUCUCGUGGCAGUACUUUCGCUACACCGACCCGCGCGUGCCGCUCGCGCGCACCGAUUUGGCCCGGCUGCGCGGCGAUCCCGAGCCGCAGGGCGUCGCCGACGGGCCGCGCCUCGCAGUGGUGCUGCGCUUCACGCUGCCGCCGUCGACGUACGCGACGAUGCUCCUCCGCGAGCUGACCAAGCAGUCCACCGACCUCACGCAUCAGCUGGAGCUCAACCAGCCGCACGUUGCGCCAACGAGCGCCGAACAUGCAAAGGAGGAAUGA